ACGUCACAAUAAUGGCUGUCCUCUCAAGUUGUCAGUCUUAUGAAUCACGCUGAUAUAUUUACGGUGUAGUGAUUCUGAGAUAUUUUUUACAAUUUGUUCACAAUGCUCAGUAGAUUAUCUAUCAAACUGAAGAAAACAUUAUCAGUAAUGCCGCCGAGCGCUGACAAGUAAUCAAUAGUUUAAUUUGGGUGUGUACUUAUCUUAGAUCUUUUCUGUUUCUUCGCGGUUAGGUGUGCAUAUACAUACACAUAAAUAUUUGCAAAAAGUGACUCAUUGUUGUCAUAUACCUGUAUCAUCUACAACACUUAUUAUCUUUCACUUUUUGCCACAUAAUCAUGCAGAUUAGUUGUCUGUACAUGCCGAUGUUCUGCGAAUGCAUUACGAACAUAACCUACAUUCUGUGAAAUACAGCUACUUUACACUUUGCGACAGAUGGUUUAAUAUUCUUCAAAUUCUAUAAAAAAUAAUUAAAUACCAUUACAACUUUCUUAAAUAAUUAUAAUAAAUAGUAAAACUAUUUAUUACUUCACGCCGUAGUAAACUACCUGAAAGCAAUAUUGCCAUAAACAUAUACUGCCACGGUGUGUCAGUUAUGAAAUUUGAUUAGACACGUAAAAAGUGAAUAUGGAAUCGCGAGAGCGGAAUGAAAGCACUGCAGGAGUGCACGACCAAAAUGUCGAUUGGUCAAGGUACGGACUUGGCAGUGGAGGAAAUCGAAGAACUGCUCGAAGAGAAACUGCUGGUUAUGAAGAAUUUGGUCCUGAGAUGUACCAGUCAACAGGAGCAAACGAACUCUUUGCCCAGGAACAUAGUUCAGAUCCAUGGUGGAAAUCGAACUUUUUCAUAUCACAACCAGUGUUGUUUGGAACUUGGGACGGAGUCUUCACAUCUUGUUUGAUUAACAUUUUUGGAGUUAUUGUAUUCUUGAGGUCUGGUUGGAUUGUUGGACAAGCCGGCGUCUUGAAUGCUGUAGUGAUAAUUCUGUCCACCGUUUGUGUUGCACUGGUAACCGUUCUUUCUGCCGUUGGGAUUUGUGAGCGAUGUCGUGUAGAAAGCGGAGGUGUUUAUUUCCUAUUAUCACACGUCCUGGGAUCCAGAUUUGGUGGGUCUAUAGGACUACUUUACUGUUUUGGUCAAGCUGUUGGUUGUGCCCUGAAUGUUUUGGGUUUUGGCGAAUCCAUGGCUGGUCUGGUGGGGUUGGAAUCCACAUGGGCCCAAAGAGGUUUUGCUGGCGCAGCUGUCAUACUCUUGUCAGUAAUUAAUUUAGCCGGUGUUAAAUGGGUCAUCAAAUUACAGUUUAUUUUAUUGUUAAUCCUACUAUUGGCAGGGUUGGAUUUCAUGGUCGGCAGCUUUGUGCAUGUAAAUAUUGAGGCUGGUUUCGAAGGUUGGUUAUCUGGAAAUUUGAGAAACAACACUUUACCCGAUUACCAAGAUGGCUAUAGUUGGUUCACGGUGUUUGGUGUUUUUUUUCCCACUGUUACUGGGGUUCUGGCAGGAAUAAAUAUGAGCGGCGAUUUGAGAAAUCCUUCUAGAGAUAUUCCGAAUGGCACGUUGUCAGCUCUUGGAACUGGGACAGUUCUCUACCUUUGCUUUUCAUUAUUUCUCGGAGCAACUUGCACACGGGACACUUUACGCAAUGACUUCAUGAUAGCAUCGACUGUUUCUCUAAUAUCCGUUUUAUUACUGGCUGGAUUGUACGUUUCGUCAUUUAGUAGCUGCUUAGGUGCUAUGUAUGGCACUCCUAGAGUUCUACAGUCCAUUGCAAGUCAGAAUGUAAUACCAGGAAUCAGCUGCUUGCAAAGAGGAAAAGGUCCCAACAAAGUUCCCGUAUACGCUAUGGUGGUGGUCGCCAUUAUCACACUGACAUUCAUAGUAACCGGGCAAAUCAACACUCUGGCACCUAUUGUGACUAUGCCGUUUUUACUAACGUAUGCAUGUAUGGAUUAUGCUUACUUUGCACUGGCACAAACAUUUGACUUGCAACACAUGAGAGAACAAAGAUUUCGGAAUCAAACGCCGACUUUCGAUCGAGGUUACGGAGCUGCGGGUCAGAGCGAAUCAACAGAAAUUGACAACGAUUUGGAUAGUCUGUUUCCUGAGCGAAUCAGACACAAAACUUUAGCUCGAAAUCCAAGCAUCUCAGAAAACACAAGCCAGGUAUCUUCUUCAACUGCUGAUGAGAAUGGGAGCGUUGUGAAUGCAGAAGAACGGCCUCAUAUACACAAUAAGUUGGGGAAUUGGUACAGUCCUCUAUGCAAUAGAUGGGCUUCUUUAAUCGGGGCUCUGGUGAAGUUACUGAUCAUGUUUUUGGUACACUGGGGCUAUGCGAUAGCUAAUAUCGUUGUUGUAUUUCUUGUAUGGAGUUAUGUUGGCCACGCUAAUCCUGCAGUGAAACCAGGAAUAUCUGCUGAAUUUAAAUUUUUCAAAUGGCUUAAAAAUGCAAUACUAAAAUUGAUGGGGAAACGAGUUUCGGAUUACGAGCAAAUUGUAGUAACGCCAAAUCAUCCAGGUGUAGAAAUAUCUUCCUCGCAACUUAACGAAGAAAAUGAAGAUUUUGCCGGAAGACGAAGAUAUCAUCAAACUUCAACCGUAACUGGUCAUUACGUGAACAUGGAUUAAGUAAAUUUGUGAACCGAGGCGUUUAUUUGAGUAUCCAGUCGUAGUGAUAAGUGUACUUGUACCGAAAAUUAAUUUUAUUUAAUUUCGGUAUGUCGUUAUGCAUUUAUUUUUUUAUUUCGACAUAUUAUUAACAUACUCAUUUUUAUACGUGAUGUACCCUGUUCGAUAACGAACUAAUAUUGUUUCAGUGAAAUGAAAACGUUAAUCGUUACCGGCAAGUCAAUAUAGCAGCUAAGUCAUUGUCCUAAAUGCUGAAUAACGAAUUAACACUAUUUGCUCAUAGGUUGUUGAAUGAUGAUGUUACCAUACAUUAUGAUAUGAAGUCAUCGAAUUAUCAAAUACGU